AUGAGGGACAGAAUGGGCGACGCGCUUGCCAUUCAAAGGGUUGUUGAAUCAGCUGAUGACAGUGCCAUGAACUGCAAGCUGCUGGCUACAUUCGCUCAGGAAGCUUGGGGUCGUGCUGCUCUUCGUGAAUCAGGAGCUCUUGACUUUCUCAUUUCGCGGUUGUCUUCAACUCCAUUCACUUCUGACGAUAGGCUUGCUAUUGUGCAACAGCUUCGUCAUUUUGUGCAUGAUACAAACGGAAUGGCUCAUCUGGUCCGCAAUCGUGUGUUCAUCAACACAGUUCUGAAAGAUGUUCAAGAUUUUCUGGCCGAGUUCAAAGUGGAAUGCGUGCCUGAGGUUGUUACCGAUGACGAUCUGUAUCGCCCGGACAGUCCAUUGCUCAUGGAGAUUGAGUCCGGUCUUCAGAAGAAAAGCGAUCGAGAGGAAUCCUCUCGGCUCUACAAGGAUUACUCAUUUGUUUGGGGUUAUACCACACCCAUCUCCAACUCAGUCAUCAUGGAGUUCUCCUAUGUACAGUCCACCAUCGAGCGGUGCUGGAAGUCCUUCUUCGGCUUUCAGUACAAGCCCUUUAGCCAG